UUCCUCAUGUCACAGUACGAUGUCUUGAAGACCAUGGUAGCUAGAGUUGCCCGAGCGUUCUAUGAUCCAAAAUAUAUUGUGGUACUGGAUGCUCUGAACAAGAUUGGAGAGCAUGUUAAGGAAGAAGAUCUGUCGAUCAAUCUUAAGUUAACUCUUCGGGAGCUGCACAAGCUGUGUGCCAAACUGAGAGAGGAUAGACUAGUUCGAAUUGUUCAGAAGCAGGAAGCACGAGCACCUGAUCAACGAGCCGUACCCAAGACAUACUAUUAUAUCGACUACAAGCAAUUUGUAAACGUGGUGAAAUGGAAAAUGUAUAAAAUGCAAACAUCGGUCCGAGAUACCUUGCGAACGGAAUCUGAAAACAAGGGUUAUGUCUGCCCAAAUUGCCAGAGAACUUAUCCGGCUCUUGAGGCUGUUGGGCUUAUCAGUAUGACGGAUGGCUUGUUUCACUGCGAGGAUUGCGAUGCUAUACUUGAAGAAAACGAUAACGCCGAAAACGUGAAAUAUAGUCAAGAAGUACUCGCCAGAUUACGUGAACAGUGCUUGCCAAUCAUUUCGCUGCUGAAGCAAACGGAUUCUUUGGUUAUACCAGCCAGUUAUGUUAUAAGGACUUCAGCUGGCAUAGAUGGGAAUGGAAACAACAAGGCCAACGGUGAUGAUGAUGGCCAUGAGCUUGCCAUAGCUCAAGAUACGGGAGCUGGUCAAGGCGAAAUCAUAGUAGACUUGCAAAUGGACAAUGAAGCUGCGCGCCGAGCUAAAAUAUCCGAGUCUAAUAAGAAGCGACAGCAAAACGCCCUUCCAGUGUGGCAUCAACAGAGUACUAUUUCUGCACCUUUGAAAGGCACCGGAGAUCGGGAAAAUGCAGUUGAAGAAAGCGAUUCCGACGAAGAGGAUCAGUUUGAGGCAGUUGAAAAUGAGGAGUAUGAUCAAGAUAGAGCAGAUUAUUAUGCCAAAUAUUAUGACUCCCUCAAUGAACUUGCCGCAAACACGGAGCCUAUGGGCUCUGAGGUCGAUCAAGGUCUCAUGAACGAUGACGAGGAUACUGGGUUGGAAGUAGUUGGAAGCAAACGUGCAUUUGAUGAUGACACUGAAGCUAGUAAGAGGCAGCGGCACGAUAGCGCUGAUGAAGAAGACGCGGACAACUUCGACGAUAUAGAUACGGAAGUUACCAAAGUAUCCGUGAAUGGUCGACUUGUACCAUUGCAUGAGAUUACGGAAGACGAUCAACUCAAAAUGACCACUGAGGAAUAUCAGGCUUAUUACGAGGCGUACGAAGCAUGGGCACAGUAAUCCAAGGAGAGCUCGCCAAUAUCAACAUUUUUUAAAGAUAAACAACUUUAAUAAGAUUGUAUAUACACAUCAUAACAUGAAAUAGAAGUCCACAACGGUAUUUCUCCUCAGACUAUGGUUUCUGUCCGCUAAAUCUAAUACCAAAUUUCGGCU